AUGGCAACGUGUACAACUAACCAUCCACAUGAAAUUGAAGUGGAUAGCGAAUCUGAAGGCGAUUCUACUAUGGAAAUUGAUGCAGUUUAUUCAUCAGAUGUAGAUAGUAGUGAAUCGGAUGAUGAAAUAGGAUCAUCGAAACAACAAUCUACUGAUCGAAUUUGGAAGAAAACUGCAUUCAAACCACAUCUCUUCUCCUUUGACGAAACAAAUGUUGAUCUUUCAUCGAACAUAGACGCUAUGAAAGAUGCUACACCUCUUGAAUUUUUUCAAUUAUUGUUCAAUGAAACAAUAAUUGAUCUAAUUGUUGAAGAAACCAAUAAGUACCAGGCUUUUUCUAACAAUGAUGCUACACCCUCAACAAGUUCCCAUCAAGCAAAAUGGACAGAAACAAAUCGCUCUGAAAUAUAUACUUUCCUAGCCACAAUUAUGCUCAUGUCUGUAACUAAAAAGAAUAAGAUUCUCGACUACUGGUCAACUGAUCCAAUGAUUAUUACACCUAUGUUUGGUCAGUUAUUUUCUAGAGACAGAUUUCUGAUCCUUUUGAAAUACUUACAUUUCAACGAUGAGUUAACUCAAAUGGACGAUGACAAAUUACAUAAAAUCAAAUCAGUGAUAGACGAUCUGCGGAAGAAAUUCAAAUCACUUGUUAUUCCGAACAAAAACUUAUGUAUCGAUGAAUCACUCAUUCUUUGGAAGAGGCGAUUGGGGUUCAAACAGUAUAUACCAAGUAAACGGCGUCGAUUUGGCAUAAAAGUAUUCGUGAUUUGCGACUGUGAAACAGGAGUAGUGUUAGAUUUCAUCGUAUACACUGGUUCGUCUACGGAUAUUGAUCUAGACCAAACUUUGGGAAAAUCUGGUUCUGUAGUUAUGACUUUGAUGAAACCCUAUUUGAAUAAGGGGCACUCACUUUUUCUCGAUAAUUGGUAUACCAGUCUUCGUCUAUUUGAAAAAUUAUAUGAACUCAAGACCGGUGCAUGUGGUACUGUACGCCGAAACCGUAUUGGUUCAGUCAAACUUGACAAGCUCACAAAAGGUGAUUUUGACUAUAGUAACAGCAAUAAUCUAAUGGUUUUGAAGUGGCAAGGUAAACGAGAGAUCCUUAUGCUAUGUACAAUUCACAAGCUGAGGAUGAUAGAAACACAAAAAAGUGAUUGGAAGACACAAAAAAUAGUUGAAAAACCGGAAUGUAUUGUCCAUUACAACAGAAACAUGGGAUUAGUUGAUAAAACUAACAUGCAAAUCAGUUUUGUAGAAUGCUUACGAAAAACUAUUAAAUGGUAUAAAAAAUUCUUCUUUCAUCUGUUGGAUUUAUCAACAUUCAACGCAUAUAUGUUAUUCAAAAUGAAGCAUAAAAAGUCUAUUCAUUUUGGAGAUUUUCGAAGCGAACUUAUUCGACAAUUGAUCGAAAGGUAUUCUCAACCGAGACCUAUAGGUGGUCGUCCUAUCACCAGUGAUAAUCCCGUACGUCUUACUGGACGUCAUUUCCCAACGCUUGUUCCAGCAACAGCAACACAAGAAAGUCCACAAAGAGACUGUAUAGUUUCCAGUCGCACAAGUAGACGUGAGAAGAAGGGUAAAAAAACACGUUAUCAGUGUGAUAUUUGUGAUGUUGGACUUUGUGUGACAGGUUGUUUUGGAGACCAUCAUACUUUAAAACACUUUUGA